CCCACUCCCACGUUUAGGCUCAUUUCCGCUUUUUGAACGCAACUCGAAGGAGUCGCUGCGCGCGAGGAAAAAAAAAAGAAGAAACUUUCUAUAUUCAAUCCAAGGCAUUAUGGGCGACAACAAGAUGCGUAAGCGCCCAGCUUCUUCAGGCCCUGACGGCCGCGCGGGCGCCUCGGCAGCGCCCGUGUUCCUUCAGAAGACCUACGACAUGAUCGAGAGCUCACCGUCGGCCGUCGCGUGCUGGAGCGAGUCCGGCACCUCGUUCAUCAUCAAGUUGCCGCGCGAGUUCGCCAAGACCAUGCUGCCGCGCUACUUCAAGCACAACAAUUUCAGCAGCUUCGUGCGCCAGCUUAACUUCUACGGCUUCCGCAAGCACAAGAAGGACGAGAUUGUCAUCUCCACCGAGGAGGACGAGAGCAAGAACUGGUGGGAGUUUUACCACGAGAAGUUCCUACGCGGCCGCCAGGAGCUGAUGGCACAGAUCCGCCGCAAAACGUACUCGGAGCCAGCCUCACCCGAUCAUGAGGAGGUAGAGACGCUCAAGCAGUCUGUACAGAGUCUGCAAGGCCAAGUAUCUGAGCUCAUGGGUCAACUCUCAGACCUCACAGGUCUUGUCAAGAGCCUUCUGCAAGACAAGCAAGGCCCCAUCCCCAUGCCGCCCCAGCGUGCGCCCAAGCGCAUGAAGAUGAGCGACGGCUCUGUACCUGUUCCCAGGAUGUCAGUCUCUCCACCUGGUAACGUCAUGCCCGAGGCGUUCGUGCCUCAGCUGGAGCAGAUGCCCGUGUCGGCCCCGCAGCCUCGGCAGCCACAACCGAAUAUGAUGCUGGAUCCCGUGUCCAAGAUCCAGAAUCAACGGACACGAGACAUGUCCCUCAUGGAGUGGACCGAGUCUUACGGCAUGGACUACUUGCUCAACGACUCAGGACGGCCGCUGCCGCUGUUCGCCGAGGAUAUGCUUAACUACGAUUGAGCAAACCAACUCUUCUAGGCCUCGUGAGCUUCUCUGCUCCAUCAGUGGAAGAGCUCAGAGGGCAGGCCUGGCCAAGGCAGGAGCGAGGGAGACGUUUAUAUCCUUUUAUAUAUAUUGCAAGUCGGCGGGCGCUGCAUGAGAAAACGAGAAACGCGUUGACGGGGACAAGACAAGGCGAGCAGAUAGCUGAUGGGGCAAGGAAUCGAAACUCGACUCGGCCGAAGGCAGGCAAGAUUAGGAGAGUGAAUUAGUUAGGUAGUAGUACUACGCAGUAGUUGUACACGCGGGAAACACGCUAUCGCAUCCGUGAAAAUUUUAUCAUUACGAGUAAACUAAAUGUUAUUGAACGCUGAUGUUUAGGCUUUCGUGCUUUCCUUUCGCGGUGUCGUCGUGGAACCAUUCACGAGAUUCUUCGUUCGGCUUUAAGCGCACGUUGGCUUGUUA